UCUAUAAUCUCAAUAAUAAAUUGCUCAAUAGUUUGGAUUUAGAACGUGAAGUGAAACCCCUAAUCAAUUGUUUGGCAAGCUACAUUACUCGAUGAAUAAAGUUCGAUAAAGUGGCUAUAAACCUUGAAAAAGACAAGGCACUAAAAUGUAAAUCAAUCGGAGAGUUCAUCUUUUUUUAUCUUAAAUAAAAACCCUCCAUUUUUCUCGGAAAAUAAGAUAAAAAGACGUAUAUAAAGCCAAAAGAGACCAAAGUCGACUGGUACCAGUUUAGAAGCACAGCGAACACGGCUGCUAUGGCGACGGUCCGCAUGAUAGAUAUAGCAGUUAACUUCACAGAUGGAAUGUUCAAAGGCCUCUACAACGGGAAGCUGUGCCACGUCUCCGAUAUCGCCACCGUUCUCGCCCGCGCUUGGGCCGCCGGCGUCGACCGCAUCAUCGUGACUGGUGGAUCGCUUGAGGAAUCAAAGGAAGCUCUCACUAUUGCAGAGACUGAUGCAAGGCUUUUUUGUACUGUGGGUGUUCACCCAACUAGAUGCAAGGAAUUUGAUGAGAGCGGGGAUCCGGAUAAGCAUUUUCAGGCGCUUUUGUCGUUGGCCAAAGAGGGAAUACAGAAAGGGAAGGUGGUUGCAAUUGGUGAGUGUGGACUGGACUAUGACAGGGUUCAGUUUUGCCCUCCGGACAUUCAAAAGAAGUACUUCGAGAAGCAGUUUGAAUUGGCUCAUGCCACUAAGCUGCCCAUGUUUCUGCAUAUGCGCGCAGCUGCUCAAGAUUUCUGUGAAAUUGUAGAAAGAAAUAGGGACAGAUUCACUGCUGGGGUGGCCCAUUCAUUUACUGGUAGUGCAGAUGAUUGUAAUAAACUUCUUUCCAUCAGCAACAUGUAUAUAGAUAAAGCGGACCUAAUUCUUUUAAAGAGACAUGGUUCUAUAGAUCGAAUUAUGACAGAAAGUGUGAAUGGUUGCUCAUUGAAGACAGCUGAGAAUCUUGAUGUUGUGAGGGGCAUUCCUGUUGACAGAAUGAUGAUUGAAACAGAUUCUCCAUAUUGUGGAGUCAAGAAUAGUCAUGCUGGGGUGAAGUUUGUGAAGUCCACAUGGCCUUCUAAAAAGAAAGAGAAGUAUGAUCAAGAGUGCAUUGUUAAAGACCGCAAUGAACCUUGUUUGGUUCGGCAAGUUCUUGAGGUGAUAGCCGGUUGUAAAGGACUCAGUGAUGUAGGUCAGCUGAGCAGGACACUAUACCUGAACACUUGCAGGGUUUUCUUUCCUCAAGACUUGGAUUCUGCAGCAGAUUCUUUACUUGCCAGACUCGACCCUCAGUGAUUUAACUAAGUUCCUUCUUGCAAAAGGUUAUUCAAUUUCUUUUUCACGGUAUGCAUCAUCUUUCUUUUGGAAAUGUUUUUCAGCAUAUGUUGUGGAUAGUAACCACAAGAGUUGCAUACCUUUUGUAUCUUAUUUGUGUACUGCAUUAUAUCUGAAAACCGUAAGACAUGGUUCUUAAAGAAUUAGAAAAUUGCUAGUCAUUUGUUCUUGAGUUGAGGAAA